UCGUUAUGCAAUGAAAUGUGUUUUGACUUAACUCAUUAUUUUAGGCGCACACAGUUUAAUUUUUGAUGCAAAAACAUUUCAACUCACACAAUAAAAAAUGAACAAAGCAAACAUCAACAUUGUUUGGAGCACAUAGGCAUUUCUUAAAAUUAUCAACAUCAAUUUUUCAUGAGAAAGUUCAUGAAAAGGACUCGAGGAAACAAAGUGGUGGUGGUGGUGGUGGUGGUGAUGGUGGCUCUUGCGGGAGAAAUUUGGACCGACGUCACGUCCACAUGUUGAGAAAUAAGAUAAAGAAUCAAUAAAUACAAAUUAGUUAAACACCGCACUAAAAUUGAUUGCAAGUAGCAAUUAAAAGGAAACCUCAAUUUUUGUAGCUGUACUAAUAGGUCGAAAAGGGGACCCUUUUGGUUGGAGAAAUUGCAUGAUGACUGCUCGGGGAAAGGAUUCCGAUUACGAGAUGUCUCUUAACCACGAUAUAAUUGGUCACUUGUGCAGCUAUUUGUGCACAAAGGACAUCAAAACGUGCCGACUGGUCUCCUCCUAUUGGAAUUACGGGGCUACCCCGGUUCUAAAAACGCGGACCAGUAUCGCGCUUCUCCUUUCGCCGGGAGAUUACGGAAAUGACGACCCGUUUCCGGAAGGAGCACUGGAAACCUGGAACAUUUUGGGGGUUGUCGAAAAGCUGAAAUUCUGCCCCACCCAAGUCACUCUGUUGAUCCCAUCCAACUCGGACAACCGUCUGGCAGAAUUCCCGGAUUUCUCAGUAUUUCCACAAACCAACAAUUUGAAAUCGAUUUCUGUUGAGUUUCCGGCCGGAGAUCAGUUCCGUUGGCAGCACGAACUCGCCACAAAAUUUGUCCAGUCGGCGUCCACGAACUUACAGGAGUUAGAAUUUGUUUCUGUUCGAGGGGACUUGAACAUGCCCGUUGCCCUGGACUUCCCUUCCUUUGGGGGGAGCUUGUUUCCGAAAUUGAGGAAAUUGAGGGUAGAUAUUGACCUUGGAGAGGGUCCUGUUCCCCGAAUUGUGGAGGCUAUUACGACAUCAUUCCCGAAUCUGGAACAUUUCGUGACCGAAUGUGAACAAUUUGUUGGAAUUUUGGAAGCCGGACUAAUAUUCAAUUGGCCAGAGUCCCUGAAGAACUUGGGAUUAUAUGGAGAACUUACGACGGACGGGAUGGAAUCUCUCCUCAAAAUUCCCCCCGGUUUGAAAAAGCUUUCCUUCGGGGAUAAAAUUGUCGAAGUUUGGGUUGACAUUUGCGAUUUUGCCGACGACGUGGAAACGAUUUUUUACAAAUUCUUACAGAAGCAGGCCCCCACUUUGGAAAAUCUGGAGGUCGGCGUGGUCUGGUCGGGAACAAUGAAAAAUGUGGAAUGGAAAUUUCCCGUAUUUCCCGUCUUGAAAAGUCUUUACGUCCACUACAAUUCUAAAAAGACGGAAAUUGGAUUCGAAACGGGGCCAGGAUCUGGAAAUUUUGGGGGGAUUAAUUACCACGUAGGUUUCCCAGUGUUGGAAGUCUUUGACGUGACGAUCCUGAAGGGGAAGGAGGCCUGGCUGGAGUCAUUUCUACCUUCGACAAGUAAUCGUCAACUUGUCCAGUCUGUGAGGAAAGUUCGUGUCAGAAUUCCUGAAGAAGGGGGAAAGACUAAGCAUAUUAUGUUCCAAAGGCUUUUGGAUAUGUUUCCUAAUGCAAAAUCGUGUAACAGUUAGUUAAAACUGUAUCAGUGGGAAGGACAUUCUAAUAGAAAUGAAUUUUAGACUUGGGCAUUAAUAUUAAAGUGCUGAAGAUCGUUUGUCUCGAAUAAAUUGAGUAAUCAAUCAA